CAUGCCGAAUUGAAUGCCAUCAUGAACAAAAACUCAGCUGAUGUGAAAGGCUGCAGCAUGUAUGUUGCCUUAUUUCCAUGUAAUGAAUGUGCAAAGCUCAUCAUCCAGGCAGGCAUAAAGGAAGUUAUUUUUAUGUCUGACAAGUAUCAUGACACUACGGAAAUGACAGCUGCAAGGCGGAUGUUUGAUUUAGCAGGUAUUAUAUACAGAGAAUUCAAGCCAAAGUGUAACAAGAUCAUCAUCGACUUUGAUUCAAUUAACAGCAGACCUAGUCAAAACCUUCUGUGAAUUAAGUCUCAUUAAGUCUCUAGAAGAGUGUGAUUAUCCUUUUCUAAAAAGCUGCUAAUGCCUUUCAUCUUGAAGUUACUUGCAACUUUUUAAUGGCUUCUGUAGCUAAAGUAGAAUUCCAAGAAAUCCAAGAUAUAAAAUGUACCCCUCACUUCAUUUUGUCAUGUGGAAUCUAAAUCUACUUAGAAAUUUUUAAUGCCUUUAUCAAAACUGCUUAAGAAGUCUAGAGACAUGUAGAUGAGACAAUGUAAUGUAUGUAAAGAAAACUGUUCUGAUUCUUGCUGUAUUCAUCACCACAUGCUCUGAUAGGCUGUCAGCAUUGAUUUAGACACUAACAGUAGUACUUAUUGUAACCAGUAGCACAUUGGAAUACACUGAUAUAUGUUGAUCUCUCUAUUGGAUAUGUGGAUCUAAAUAGUUGAUGCUAAUAAAGGACAAACAACGUUAUCCAUGCAAAUACUCAUCUUCCAACUAGCAUAACACU